GUAAAGUAUGUACUACAUGUGCGUUUAAUUCAUGCCAUGCAGUUUAUUUAUUGUUAAAAUUGACAUAUAAACACUUAUUGUACGUAUCAAAAGAAGUAAUUUCAAUCGUUGUAAAAUAUGAGAAUAAAACCAUUUGACAAUACAAAAUAAAACCUUCUUCCUUUUGUAGUCGUUGCCUAUGUAAGAGCAAUUUUACACUUAAUUUAUGUACAAGGCUGUUUUACACUGUUAAAAAUCACUGUAAUAACAGAUUUUGUAGACAAUCGACAACGACAAACUUAUAAAUAUCUAGUUAAUUUUGUAUUUUGUUCUUAAAAUAAUUAUUUUAAAGCACGUGUUAUGACGUCAUUAAAACGGAAAAUGGUAUACCUUAUUAGUCUAUUGGUACUUUCAGUACUCACACUACUGGGGAUAAGCACUCAAUUACUUGUACAGCAGAAGCUUAACCCUGCUUUUCGAAAAUUCUUGGGGUGUGGCAAUACUACAAAUAGGCCAAAAGUCCGUUUCGAUAAUCAAGGGCGAUCGAAUUUUACCAAUGUGUUUGACAACUUUCUGUGGUCCAACUUUACUGCGGCCAUAAAACAAGAAAACCGUGAGGACAUCUGGACGUACGUCAAUGAUCUCAUCAUGCGACUCACUCCUUAUCUCACGAGAGAACCUCCCAUUCCAAUCAAUGAAUCAUGCAUAAUUCAGCCAUUAAGAACAAAAGACCAGAUUGAAUGCGAAAAAUAUAAUGGAACGCUCUCCGCAUACUCGGAAAAGAAAAUCGGACUUCUCAUUCAAUUCGGUUUCGAAGUCGACACGUUAGAAAUACACCUGAACGAAUUGUUUGACGUUGUGGACAUUUUUUUUAUUAUCGAAUCCACGCAUACUCAUUCAAGAUUUUACAGGAAACCAUUAAUUUGGGAACGAAUUAAGUAUCAGCCACGGUUCCAAAAAUUCCAGUCCAAGAUCGUUUAUUUCUUGAUUGAUGACGCAUCCUCAAUAACUGCCAUGAUGAAGAUUCAGAAUUCUACUGAUAUUAAUAGUUUCGCUUCAGAGGAUUUGCAAGAAAAGCUUCGUUGGAAAAAAUUCCUGGAAUGGAAUAAUGCCACGAAGUUUUUUAACGAGGAAGAUUUACUAGGAUUUGGCGAUAGUGAUGAAGUUGCAAGUCGUGAAACUGUAAAUUAUUUAAAACAUUGUGUGCCAGAAUCUGACCCAAUAGACAUUGGGAUCUGGUUUCCAUUCGGUGCAAUUGAUCAAGCAUAUUUAUCAGACUUUCCUGUAUACGAACAUCCAUUCACAAUUGGUGACCCCACAUUCUGGACAUUAAAAACAGCUAAGGAUAUCAAUACCUUGGCUCAUUUCAACUUAGCCGGAUAUCCAACCAGGAACCGAGGAAGGUCUGCAGCUCACUUGCUCGGUGGAAUGCAUAUGACGCAUUACGGGUACCUUCCAUCCAUACUUAUCAAGCAACUCACUCUCUCGGAAAGUAGUUAUAAUUACUUGAAGCAAGUCGCAGAGCUCCCCCUGCAUUUUAAGAACAAGGAUUUGGAGGAACUCCAAGCGUUUUAUCGCGAACAAUACUACAAAGACAUUAAAUAUCGCAUAUUAAACUUGGAGAGAGUAAAAAUAAUUGACCCCGAGAAAGAGAAAAUUGUUGUAUUGCCUUGGUUCUACAACUGCAAUCGAGAUCGAUAUCCUUCAUGGGAAAGGAAAUUAGACCCAAGACUGUAUUAGUUAAUUUUACUCAUUAGCAAUUUUUACUAAUUACCUGUUAGACACCAUCAUGCCAAUAUAUGGUACUUAUGGUGAAUGUUUUCUAAUUAAACUUUCCAUUAUGAUCUACAUGUAUGGUGUACUUCUCUCACAAUUGCUGUACAUCGCCUUGGUGCAACGAGCAAAAGCCAUUCAAUACAUUAAAACAAAAACUGUAGAUUUUA